GAGGCGUGGAAGUCAGAAAGCUGCAGGCCGGUCGGAGAAGAAGAGGUGCCUGGGGGCAGAGGAAACACGCAGCUACUGUGGAGGCCACUGCAUAUAGAAUAGCGGGUUUCGGGCCCCCCGUGAUGGGAUGGAGGAAACGUGGGAAAGGACAGGAGGAAACAAGUGCUCUCUUUGCUGCACUUAAGGAGCUCCACGCUGAUAAACAGCGCCUGAUGGAUCAAGGGAAAACACAACAGGAGGAGGUGGAAGAAGGAGAAGAUGAAGAUGACGACGACGACGACGACAAUGACGACGACGACGACGACGACGACGACGACGACGACGACGAUGAGGAGGAAGAGGAAGAGGAGGAGGAAGAGGAGGAGGAAGAGGAAGAAGGACAAGAAGAGGAGGAGGAAGAAGGAGGAGGAGGGGGAGAAGAAGAAGAAGAAGAAGAGGCAACUGAGGCUCCAAGCAAUCAAACAGAAACCCAGACCAGCUCUACAGAGUCUCCUCUCAGCAAGUGUCAGACUGCUGACAGAGAAAUCAGCUGCAGGGGCGUCGACAUGAGCCACCUGCCAAUCAUCCUCAACCCACUGGCCACAAAUCUGGACUUUGCAGAGAACAACAUCAGGAUCAUCACGCCACACGAUUUCUCUGGUGUGCCAAACCUGGACACACUGGACCUGAGCCGAAACCAACUUGACGACGAGUCGUUCAGCCGAAGCCCCCUGGCUAACUUGACCUUCCUGAAGAAGCUGAACCUAGACGGCAACCAGUUCACCCGCAUCCCAGCGCUGCCGCCGUCUCUGGAGGAGCUCAAGAUGAACAAAAACAACCUCGGUGAACUCAGCCCUCGCUGCUUCCAAGGUUUGAUGAACCUGUUGAAUCUUGAGCUUGGGGGGAACACUCUGUACGAGGAAAGCGUGUCGCCUCUCGCCUUCAGACCGCUACAGCGACUCCUUCGCCUUCAGAUGGACAACAGCAGCUUUCGUUCCCUCCCACUGGGCCUCCCCCCCUCGCUUCAGGAGCUACAUAUGAAUGGAAAUCAGAUUAAGGGGGUAACAGAGGAGGCUCUAAGGGGGCGUGUCCAUUUGAGGGCGCUGCAACUGAGUCACAACCUGCUGCACGAGCAGGACAUUGCUACCCACGCCUGGACCCAUCUCAAGUCCCUGGAGGCCUUGGACCUGUCCUACAACAAAUUCACCUCCGUCCCGAUGCAUUUGCCUCGUCGUUUAAAUAAACUGAGCCUCCAACACAACAACAUCCGUCACGUUGCCGCCUUCACGUUCCGCCACAUGCGGUCCAGCCUCCAGUCCCUCCGUCUAUCCCACAAUGACUUGAGCGACGAGGGAAUGGACCGAGUGUCUUUUGUUGGAACAUACCGCUCACUGGGUGAGCUCCUACUGGAUAACAACCGUCUCGGUGAGGUCCCUCGCUGCGUUCAGCAGUUCAAGAACCUGCAGGUGUUGAGACUGGACAACAACCAGAUCAGGCUGGUGAGGCAGUGGGGCGUGUGCCACCCUCGUAGUGCUGGCUCCUCCUUGGCCUCCAUCCACUUGGAAAAUAACCUUCUGGAUGUGGAAAGGAUUCCCCCAAAGGCCUUUUCCUGUCUCACUGAUGCUCAGGGACUGAUCCUCCAUCCACAACAGAAGCUCUCACGUGACCAAUAGACCACACAGUGCGAAGGACUUGCAUGGACGGAUACACAGCCACAAUAUAUGCAUUGUGACGUACAGCUAAGCAAUACUUUGAGUUCUUUUCUUUCUUGAUGCAUGGUUUACAGACACAUAGUAUUAUAAUAGUUUGCUUUGCCAUUCUCUGCUUUCAGGUUACCAUCCUCAAACCCGCGUUUUCCUGUCACAUCUCACCUUCUAUUAGAAAAUUGACAGUAAUGUUUUUGUAUGUACAAAAGCAAAUCUGUAAUUUACACAGUUGUGGAAAUAAUCAUUAUGUAAAAAUGCUCUUGGAAGUAUAAAUGGAAAGUACCGUGCGGUGGAAUCCAGAUCUGGUCAAAGCACACCUUCAUUAAAGUAUAAAGUAUUUAAUUGAUGCCUUUGAGGGAAUGAAGACGGAAAUGGAUUAAAUAGUCUCUAGACUAUGUCUGGGCCUUGUGCAUGGAGCCGACAGUCAUUUUAAAUAGAAAUAGAGUAGGGUUGUUUGCAGCGUGGCGGUUUCUGAGAGAUGGUGAAAAUGUCUGGUGUCACAGUGUGAACCUAAAGGGGCCCAUUUGGAAGUAAAACAUGAACAUUAUGCGUGUCUCCAUCACCAGAUGACUUCCAACACAAACAUCCACCACCAACCGCUAAGCAAACAGAGACGAUCCAACUGUGA